AUGGAACCUAGAAAGCAAGAUCAACGACUCGUUCCAAAAACCUACUACUAUAUCGACUAUAAAGAAUUUGUAGACGUGGUAAAGUGGAAGAUGUACAAAAUGCAAACGAUUGUUCGAGAUAAUCUUCGAACCGAGUCUGAAAAUAAAGGCUAUGUUUGUCCCAACUGUGAGAAACAAUUCUCUCCACUAGACGUAUUAUCCAUGGUCGAUAUGUCAGAUCAAUUAUUCCAUUGUGACAUGUGUGAAAAUAUUCUGGAAGAAAAUGACAAUGCUGAGAACGUUAAGGGUAGUCAACAAAUAUUGACCCGAUUAAGAGAACAAUCACAACCCAUCAUUACCUUGUUGAAGCAAACUGAUUCCAUUGUUAUUCCCACAAGUUACAUCUACAAACAUGCUCCUGGUAGUAGAAACAGUGGAAACAACAAUGAUGAAUAUGAACUUGCUGUGGCACAAGAUACAGGCGCAGGACAAGGUGAUAUUAUUGUCGAUCUUCAAAUGGAUAAUGAAGCUGCUAGACGGGCUAAACAAGAGGAGGCUGAACAAAAGAGAGCCCAAAAUGCCUUACCUGUAUGGCAUCAACGAUCCACCAUUUCCGAUACUAUAUUGGUGGGUACAGGCGAUCGUCCAGCAGAAGAAAAGGACCAAGAUGAAGAUGAUACCUUUGAAGAUGUUGGGACAAACGGCAUGGAUGCUGACACGGAGGAUUAUUACGCAAAAUAUUACGAAAGUUUAAGCAAUAAUGCUGCAGUCCCGACGAAUGAUGAUAUAGAUGACGAUAGUGAAAUGUUUGAAGUUGUGGGAACUGAACAGAAUGGGAUUCAUGAACCAGCCAUCAAUACAUUUGAGGAAACAGCCGAUUCGGCUGAAGAUUUUGAGGAAGACGAGGAUAUCCCACUUGUGUCUGUUAAUGGUAAAAUGAUACCACUAAAUGAAGUGCAGGAGGAAGAUCAACGCAAUAUGUCUACUGAUGAGUACAAGGCAUACUAUGAAGCCUGGGAAAAUUGGCAGAGCUAG